AUGCAUAGUCGAGGUUCCGCCUGUGUUUCUGUAGGAAAGUCUCAUGAAACAAGGACAAGCCACCCAGACACCAAGCAAGAGAGGAGAGGUACAUACCUGAGGUUCUCAGUACAUGCUCGAAGUACUCAGCCAACCCAGGUAGGAGCGUGGCGUACCGGACCGCGCACCAACGCCAACGCCAACAACAGUGCUCUGUCCCAGACGAUGACCCACGCUCAGUACUGGACACCUUGCCUUGGCCUCUCGAAGGGCCAUCAGCCCGACCAGCGCUAG